CACUUCCAGGUUUUGCUGCCACACUCAUUAGGAGCUCAUAUGAUGUCAGAAGAGUUGAAAUCACUCCCCUGGAGCAGAGGAAGGUAACCUUUGAUACCCAUGCUUUAGUGCAGGAUCUGGAAGCCCAUGGCUUUGGGAAGGAGCAAGCGGAGACCAUCGUAUCGGCAUUAAUAACCCUGUCGAAUGUCAGCUUAGAUACAGUCUAUAAGGAUAUGGUUACACAGGCUCAGCAGGAAAUAACUUUACAGCAGAUAAUGGCACAUUUGGACUCCAUUCGAAAAGAUAUGGUCAUCCUGGAGAAAAGUGAAUUUGCAAACUUGAGAGCAGAGAAUGAGAAAAUGAAAAUUGAAUUAGAUCAAGUUAAACAGCAGCUAAUGAAUGAAACCGGUAAAAUCCGAGCUGACAGCAAGCUAGACAUAAACCUGGAAAGGAGCAGAGUGACAGAUAUGUUUACAGAUCAGGAGAGGAAACUGAUGGAAGCAACUACAGAGUUUCAUAAAAAAGAUUCAAGUACCAACAGUGUUAUCUCAGAAAUCAGUAAUAAAAUUGACACUGAAAUAGCUUCCUUAAAAACGCUCAUGGAAUCAAAUAAACUUGAUACAAUACGUUAUUUGGCAGCUUCAGUAUUCACUUGCUUAGCAAUAGCCCUGGGAUUUUACAGGUUCUGGAAAUAGAUCUAAAUGGAAUGACUGCAUGAAAUACAGACAGAGAAAAGGCCACCCAGGCAACAUCAGUUAGAUGAUCAUGUUUGCGCUGUAGAUAACCUUGGUACCUUUUUGUUUUGGUAUUCUUACUGUACACUAAAAAUGUUUUCUGAAUAUGUAACACUAAAGAUCAAAAUAAUUGGGGGGGGAAGUAGGCAAAUAGUAAUAUUUCAUUGUCUCCUAUUGAAUACUGUAUUUAUUUCAAAGGACUUCUUACGUUAUAUCAGGAAGUGUUUC